UUCAGAAACAGCUCGUCAACCACCUCGGUAGCUUGCUAGCCAACAUAGCCUAAAGAUUCAAGCUAUUUAUACGCUUUCGAUGUAUAUUAGCUACUGUGUUUUAGACACACUUCUGUCGUAUCUACUUGUUAACCUAUUUAAUAUUACGUUAUUGUGUAUUAGUCAGCUAUAGUAGCUGGCUGGUUAAGUUAGCACUAGCCUAGUCGCUAAUGAUAGCUAGCUAGCUAACAUCCCUGACCAUGAGUUCAAUAAACUACUCUCCUCCUGUUAAAGAAGAGGAGGUCUGCUGGACGGAGAAAGAACCUCUGGGGCUGAACGUUGUCGUGAAAGAGGAGGAGGAAGAGGAGGAUGUUACAGUAAAACAAGUAGAGGGUGAGGCUGUUACCGUGAAAGAAGAAGAGAAAGACGUUUCAGUGAAAGAAGAGGAAGAAGCGUUCAGAGUGAAAGAGGAGGAAGAUGUUACUGUAAAAGAAGAGGGGAAUGCAGUUUUUGGUGUGAAAGAGGAGGAGGGAGAGAUUACUGUCACAUUGGAGGAAGAAGAGGAGGUUGGAGAUCUGUUUAACAUCAGAGAGAGAUGUGGAUCCUCUGGGGAGCCUCAACAACAUCAUGAUGCUGACGAGGCAGAGAAGAGUCUCUCCACAUCAGAACACCUCAAGAAACACCAGCAGAGACCCACAGGAAGGAAACCUCACUGCUGCUCUGACUGUGGGAAAGAUUGUAAAUCUUCAUCAAAACUUAAAAUACACCAGAGAGUACACACAAGAGAGAAGCCUUAUAGCUGUGAUCAAUGUGGGAAGAGUUUUACUCAGUCAAACUCCCUGAAAUCACACCGGAAACUACACACAGGAGAGAAACCUUAUAGCUGUGAUCAAUGUGGGAAGAGUUAUAUUACAUCUAGCCAUCUGACAGUACACCACAGAACACACACAGGAGAGAAACCUUUUCGCUGUGAUCAAUGUGGGAAAGGAUUUAUUAAGUCUAGCCAUCUGACAGUACACCACAGAACACACACAGGAGAGAAAUCUUAUAGCUGUGAUCAAUGUGGGAAGAGAUUUAAUAAAUCUAGCCAUCUGACUUCACACCAGCGAGUACACACAGGAGAGAAAUCUUAUAGCUGUGAUCAAUGUGGGAAGAGUUUAACUACAUCUAGGAAUCUGACCCUACACCAGUGGACACACAAAGGAGAUAAACCUUUUAGCUGUGAUCAAUGUGGGAAGAGUUUUGUUAGGUUUAGCCAUCUGACAGUACACCAGAGAACACACACAGGAGAGAAACCUUAUAGCUGUGAUCAAUGUGGGAAGAGAUUUAAUAAAUCUAGCCAUCUGACUACACACCAGCGAGUACACACAGGAGAGAAACCUUAUAGCUGUGAUCAAUGUGGGAAGAGUUUAACUACAUCUAGGAAUCUGACCCUACACCAGUGGACACACAAAGGAGAUAAACCUUUUAGCUGUGAUCAAUGUGGGAAGAGUUUUGUUAGGUUUAGCCAUCUGACAGUACACCAGUUGACACACAAAGGAGAUAAACCUUAUAGCUGUGAUCAAUGUGGGAAGAGAUACUCUGGUAAAAGAUCUCUGAUCAAACAUCAGAAAAUACAUACAUGAAGGAGUUGUUUCAUGAUGUCAAUGAAAUAAUGUCACAAUGUAGAAUGUUUUUAACAUUGUAGUAGGAGUAUUUUAAGGAAAUUCACAAUGUAGAACCCUAAAUGUUUGCCCCAUUCAAUUGAUUUCAGCAUGAUUUGGAUAUUAGCCUUGGGAAAAAUCCAGGCUCUGAAUUGAAAGAGUACUAUUUAUGUGAUUUAACAAAAAGUGACUCACACAAAAAAAAAGCUGUGUUACACUUACCAUGUUGGUGACCCACUUGAAUCAAAAUGCAACACUUCAAAAUGUAGCUAGCUGUUUUCUACAAAUUGUCCUCUAACCUGUGAUGUACACAUUAUUCCUAGAUUCCGUGUGGUUUUUGAGCUGUUAGUUUUAACAAGACGUGCAACCUCAUCUCCCUCCUCUCGGCAUAAUUGAGUUCAACAUGAUAUCGAUGAGUGAUGACAAAUAAGUGUUGUGUUCCUUUGUUUAGCGACCCCUAGAUUUAAAUGCGUCACUCCAAAAUGUAGCUGACUGUCUUCUGCAGGUUGUCCUCUAACCAGUGAGGUUAAAGAUAUUGUCAGAGAUUGUCACACCCUGACCAUAGUUUGCUUUGUAUGUUUUAUGUUUUGUUUGGUCAGGGUGUGAUCUGAGUGGGCAUUCUAUGUUGUGUGUCUAGUUUUUCUGUUUCUGUGUUUGGCCUGAUAUGGUUCUCAAUCAGAGGCAGGUGUUAGUCGUUGUCUCUGAUUGGGAACCAUAUUUAUGUAGCCUGUUUUGUCAUUGUGGGUGAUUGUCUAUGUAGGUGUUUUGUGUCAGCACUAUAUUAUUCAUUAGCUUCACGUUUAUUGUUUUGUAUAGUUUCGUCAAGUGUUCUCUGUGUUUAUUAAAUUCAAGAUGAACACUUACCACGCUGCAUAUUGGUCCUCCGAUCCUUCAAACCUCUCCUCCUCAGAUGAGGAGGAAGACGAACGUGACAGAUAUCUCCCAUUUCCAUGUGUUUUUUUUUUGUUGUGUUAGUUUCAACAGCAAGAACAACCUGAUUUCCCCCCUAACCGAUAUCAGUGAUUUAUUGCUAUUUGACAAAACAACAGCGUUUUUGGUGCUUGUGCAGUUUAUAAGGAGCUUGUUUUAAAAAAUACACAUAUUGUGGCAGAUGUUUGUGUAUAUACCACAUGUUAGGUUUUCAAUUUAUCCCUAACUGUUUCUGCAUAUUGGUUAUUGAUUUGGACACGUUAAAACUGUGUUUUGACAUUGGGCUAUCCCACCUAGCAAAAUGUAAUUGAAAAGAUGUUGAAAAUAUGACUAUGCAAUAAAAUAUUUCAUAUUUACAUUUCAUGUAACAUUUAGUAAUGAUAAUUAUUCAUGCAACCAACUGACAAUUUUCGGGUAUAAUUAUAUUGACAUUGUUGCCCUGCUUUUAGAAUAUCAUGGUUUAUUCUCACAUGUGCCGAACCAAAUGUACUAGAGCAUGACAUUGGGGACUGGGCCCCGAUCCAACAACAUGCCUAUCGAGUGAACCCUGGAAAAAAGAGAGAAGCUCCACGGUGAGGUGGAAAGUUACUACGGAUAUUGCAGGAGUUUCCUCUUGAAAUCAGACAUGUCCGUGGCAAGGAGAACUUGGUUGCUGAUUGUCUCAAGGGUGGGCAGUUAAAAAGAUUUGUGUUUUGCGUGUAGCCAGUGUGUUGCCAUGGAUCACAAUUUAUUAUGACUGCAUGUUUUUCCGUAUUGGAGAUGAGUUUUGUUUGGGCUCGUUCCAAGGGGACGAGAGUUCUAGAAGCUAGUGAGUUUUAGAAAGACGAGAGUUCUAGAAGGGAAAAAAUAAUAGUUUAGGAAUCUAUAGAAAGAAAAAGGAGAAAAGAUACAAUUUUAUUUUGAAAUACGUGUUUUUAAUUGUUUACAGACGGUAGACACCAUAUUUAUAUUGUAGAAGGUGAAGCGUUGUAGUUGAUUAUAAUGAGAAAUGGAAGUUGUUUUCUGUUGGUGGUGAGCAAACUUGUCCAACAAAAAAUAUAGGAUAUUUGUUGUCUUAAAGGGAAGGUGUUACAUUUCCUUAGUGUGCUCAUUAGUCUUUCAGUUAGUCUUCUGUUUGUUGUGUACAAAAUAUUUCCGUUUAGUUUCAUAGUUUUUUUCCUGAGAAGCCAUUGUGUUGCAUUCAUGUCUGAAAUGUGCUGUACAAAUAAAGCUGGAUUUGAUUUCAACAAAUGAA